AUGACAAAUAUAAGAGAAGAGUUUCCUUAUUUUCAUGUGGGUGUGAGUGAGGAUCGAAAUAGGCGUUGCAGACGCACAAUGGAGGAUGCACAUUCAUAUUUUUAUGAUUUCGCGGGAAUUGAGGGUCAAGGUUUCUUCUCAAUUUUUGACGGUCAUGCUGGAAAACAAGCCGCCGAAUGGUGCGGAAAUAAUUUUCAUGAGGCAGAUAAGCAACUUAAUCAAAAUGCUGGAAAACAUUCUGGAUGUACGGCUGUUACCGCUUUUUUGAGACCUGAAGAAAUAUUAAUCGGAAAUGACGUUAAUGGUAAAAAUCCUUCGGUUUGUAAUGGUACUGAUUCAGUAAAGAAAUUUAAGCGUGUUUUAUAUACUGCAAAUGUUGGUGACGCUCGCGCUGUUUUGAAUCGGGAUGGAAGAGCUGUUAGGUUAUCUUAUGAUCAUAAAGGAAGUGAUCUUCAAGAAGCCAAAAGAAUUGUUGAUGCUGGUGGAUUUGUCAUGAAUAAUCGUGUUAACGGUGUAUUGGCUGUGACUCGCUCACUGGGUGAUAGUUCAAUGAAAGAAUUUGUUAUAGGUAAACCUUAUACCACAGAAACAACACUGACAGAAAAGGAUCCUUUUUUGAUACUUGCUUGUGAUGGUGUAUCAUUCACCGAUAAUGAUAUUGAAGAGGAAUUGCUAAAAACAGAUUGGAAAAGGAUUUUUAAUAUGAGCAAUUAUGAAUCAUUAAACAAACAGAAAAACAUGUUUGCGAAAGAAAUAGGUAACGAUACAAGGUCUUUAGCAUAUUCGAAACAUGAGAUUAUAACCGUGAGACAAAUUAGUGAAUUGGUUGAGGAAUUCGAGGAAGAAAAAGAGA